UGGCCCCCGCGGGGGGCUCCAUUGCUGCGCGCCGGCGCCGGGGCCUUGGAGGCCGGGCCAUGGGGCCUAAGAUGGCGGCGGGGAGGCGAGGCCGAGGUAGGCCGCAGCGGGCCCGGCGGGAACCCCCAAGCCUCUGAGCGCUCCCCGUGGGGCCGGGGCUUCGGCGCCAUGGCGGCCGGCCUCAGGGCGCCCGGCCUCCCCGGCUGGAGGCGCCACAUCUCCGAAGAGCUGCGGCGGAGGGACCGGCUGCAGAGGCAGGCCUUCGAGGAGAUCAUCCUGCAGUACAACAAGCUGUUGGAGAAGUCAGAUCUUCAGUCAGUGUUGGCCGGCAAGCUACAAGCUGAAAAGUAUGACAUGCAAAGCAAGCAUGAGAUCAGCCAGGGGCAUGAUGGAAUGUGGAACAAUAGCCAACUGCAAGAAAUGGCCCAGAUGAGGAUAAAACAUCAAGAAGAACUAACUGAACUGCAUAAGAAACGUGGGGAGUUGGCCCAGUCGGUAAUUGACCUGAACAACCAAAUGCAACAGAAGGACAAAGAGAUGCAAGAAAACGAAGCCAAAAUUGCAGAAUAUCUGCGGAAGAUCGCCGAAUUAGAGACAGAAUGCCAGGAGCUUCGCAACAAGCUGCAGGACCAUGAAAGGGCAAACCAGACCCUGAAGGACGAGUACGACGCCCUGCAGAUCACCUUCACGGCUUUGGAAGAGAAGCUGAGGAAAACUACUGAAGACAACCAAGAGCUGGUCACCCGCUGGAUGGCAGAGAAGGCCCAGGAAGCCAAUCGCCUAAAUGCAGAAAACGAAAAGGACUCAAGGAGACGGCAAGCCAAACUUCAGAAAGAGCUAGCAGAAGCUGCAAAGGAACCGCUUCCUGUCGAACAGGAUGAUGAUAUUGAAGUGCUCGUGGAUGAAGUUACGGACCCGGCUGAGGAGACCUCUCCGGCACGAGCCUCCGGUCGAACGACCACUAAGCGACUCUCCCAGCCUGCUGGAGGCCUUCUGGAAUCUCUCACUAAUAUCUUUGGUCUGUCCGAAUCUCCACUUUUGGGACAACCCUCUUCUGAUGCUGCCAGGAGGCGUUCUGUGUCUUCCUCUCCCGUCCCCCAAGAUACCAUGGGAGCCCGUUCUGGUUCCAGGAAAGAAGUGAGGGUGCCCACGAAAGCAGCUUACUAUUUUAAUGCCCACGACGGAGAGGUGAACGCCGUGCAGUUCGAUCCCAGUUCCAGGUUAUUGGCAACAGGAGGCAUGGACCGAAGGGUCAAACUCUGGGAAGUGUUUGGAGAUAGGUGCGAGUUAAAGGGCUCCUUUGCUGGCAGUAACGCGGGAAUUACAAGCAUUGAAUUUGAUAGUGCCGGCUCUUACCUCUUAGCAGCUUCAAAUGAUUUUGCCAGCAGGAUAUGGACUGUGGAUGAUUACUGGUUGCGGCACACGCUGACGGGACACAGUGGGAAAGUGCUGUCGGCUAAGUUCCUGUUGGGUAAAUCACUUAUUGUUUCAGGAAGUCAUGACCGGACCCUCAAACUCUGGAAUCUGCAGAGCAGAAUCUGUACAAAAACAGUGUUCGCAGGAUCCAGUUGCAACGAUAUUGUCUGCACCGAGCAGUGUGUGAUGAGCGGACAUUUUGACAAGAAAAUCCGUUUCUGGGAUAUCCGAGCUGAAAGUAUAAUCCGAGAAAUGGAGCUUUUGGGAAAGAUCACCGCCCUGGAUCUGAACCCAGAGAGAACAGAGCUCCUGAGCUGUUCCCGGGAUAACCUGCUAAAUAUUAUUGACCUUCGAGUCAAUGCUAUCAAACAGACCUUCAGUCCCGAUGGCAGUUACGUGGCAGCCGGCUCAGCUGAGGGAUCUCUCUACGUCUGGAAUGUGCUCACUGGAAAAGUUGAAAAAGUCCUUUCAAAGUUUCACAGCUCUUCCAUCAACGCAGUGGCUUGGUCACCCUCUGGUGUUCAUGUAGUCAGUGUGGACAAAAGCAACAAAGCAGUCGUGUGGUCUGACUACUGACUUGGAAGGCAUGCGAAGAGCAAACACUUCAGGGGUCGUCAGCGAGGGAGCGCUAACCCGUGGAAGCCCGUGGCUCGAGCUGGCCUUCGUUUGGGCUUACGGUCAAGUGCGUGGCUCUGAUUUCCUGGAGAAGAACUCGAGUGAAAUGGUGGCCUUCCUUUGUACAGAAUUUCAGAGAAGGAGCUCAGAGCUCUCCUGUGGUCUGGAAGAGUAACACCGAGGUCGGGGGGAGAUAACCCCUCAUGCUGCUGGCGCUUAGCAGGGGAUCUGUUGGGUGUCUCUGAAUUGGUGGGAGAACACUACUGGCUUUGAUUUUUGUCCAUACCUCACCGGAUGGAAUUGACGCGAAGAGGGUCCGAUCCUCCGUCGGACGGCGGUGCCAAUUAUCCUAAAUACGUGUGUGUUCGUUCCCCUCCGGCACUUUUCCCCUCAGCCCUCACUUUUCCCGUCUCUGCGCGCUCUUCUUUUUCCAGGGCCUGAGGCGACGGAAGCUUGAAUUAUGGUACAGGACGGUCCCUCGUGAGUCUGUAAAGUGGUGAAAUAGUUGUAUACUCUCUUAGCAAUUCCGACAUUUCUUCACUGCGGGGUUGUUCCUGCCGUGGCAUGGGCUUGUUCAGCAGAACUGCUUUCAUUUUCUCAAGCAGUCCGGACUCGAAAGCGUUUUCGUUUUUUCACCUUUAAGGUCUCCCCUUCCAUUCGGGAUUCUGGCGCUUAAGAGAACCGAGUGAAGGAGCGUUUUCAUUCUGAACACGAAUUUGCUACGAAAUUGGAAGGUGAGGGUGUCUCCUGCUUUCGGGCAGGGAUGUGCUACUGCUGUGGUGGAGAGUGGAUUGAUUCCCUUACGCCCCGUGCCGGGAGAUAAACGCACCGCUCCUCACUUAAACGCACCCGUCCUGUCCCAAGGGGGUGUGCGGUUGUGGGUGGCACGUAGGAAAUGGCGGUCUCGAAUGUAGGGAGCGGGUGCUGACGGUUCCAGGCCACCUGCCCCCUUUGCUAAGCACACAUGCAAUACCGCCUUGAUGCUCGAUGCCGGGAACACCCAACUUCGAGACAUAGGAACCUCGGGAACUUCUCCAUCCUCGGGUAACAAAACGGUAAUGAGGCUGGAGGGUAUAAGUCUGUGGGCUUUUGAACGUUUAUCCAAACUACCUGUUUUUUCUUUACGAGCCAGGGGGCUUCAAAGCCCUUCUCUUCCACCUCCGUCCCUCUCCUCACCACACACGCAAGCACCCACACCCCCCCCCCCCCCCGCCAUCUUUUAUCACUUCUUUUAAUUUGCACUUUAUUUUGCUUCCUUCCUGAAUUUUUUUUCUGUGGAAUUUGGGAAAUGUGUGUGUUAAAGCUAGAUGAAAGGCAAAUAAUGCUUGUUUCUUUUCCUUAGUCAAGGUAUCUCUCCUCCCACCUACCUUCCCCAGCUACCCCCCCUUUAUUUGUUUUUUUUCCACCUGAUUGUCCAGAUGACCUUUGCUGAGGGAAGUUAAAAUACACGGGCCAGGGCAAAUCUUUUAUUUAUUAUAUUAAGCUGCCAACCAGAACUUGAUUGUAAAUAAACUUAUCCUCUGCUUUUAACGUA